AUGUCAACUGCUCAAUCUUCGAGAAUGGCAAUGGCUGGAGGUGUCCCACCUUCAAGUUCAAGUGUUAGAGGUAAUAGACCUUUUAGGCCUUGUGAUGAUUGUACUUGUUCUCCUGGUUUAUUAUCAAGACAUGGUAAAAGAUCAAGCAUUUUCUUUAGACAGUAUGAAAAUACGAGAAGAAGAGCCCAUAGUAGUGCUAAUAAUCAAUUAUCUGCUUCAAAUGAAAGUGUUUAUUCAAGUGACACCUUAUGUAAGAAUUUUAAGGAGGUUAAUACUACUGAAAGAUUGUUACAUUUGCGUAAUGAAAUGAGAUCAAACGAUUUAUGUUGUUACAUUGUACCAAGUGAAGACUCUCAUCAAAGUGAAUAUGUUUCCGAAAAGGAUGAAAGAAGAAGUUUCAUCUCUGGCUUUACUGGUUCUGCUGGUAUUGCUUGUAUCACUAGAGAUUUAUUAAAUUUUAAUGAUGAAAAAGAACCUACUGGUAAGUCUAUCCUAUCGACUGAUGGGCGUUAUUUCAAUCAAGCUUUACAGGAAUUAGAUUAUAACUGGGCUUUGUUAAGACAAGGUGAAGAUAAAUUAAAUUGGCAACAAUGGUGUUGUAAUGAAGCCAUCGAAAUGUUAAAAGGUUUAGGUUUGAAAUCAAAUAAAAAACCUUUAAAGAUUGGUAUCGAUCCAAAGUUAAUCACCUAUGAACAAGUUUUGAAUUUCAAAUCGACUCUAGAGAAAAUGUUAUCAGAAAAUAGUAUCAACGGUAAUUCAAGUGACUAUAUCCAAUUAGUACCAAUUACAGAGAAUCUAAUAGAUAAAAUUUGGGGAGAUUUCGAACCGGUCCCAUCAAGACCAUCAAAUGAUUUGAUUUUAUUAGAUGAAAGCUACCAUGGUGAAGAAUUUUCUUCAAAACGUUCUCGUAUCUUGAAAAAGUUAUCUUCUUCAAAAAAAUCCAAUGAUGACAGUAAAAUCAAAAAUUACUUUGUAACUGUUGCAUUAGAUGAAAUCUGUUGGUUGCUAAACUUGCGUGGCUCUGAAAUUGAUUUUAACCCUGUUUUUUAUGCUUAUUUGUUAAUUGACGAUCAAUCAGACGAAACUAUUUUAUUUACAGAUUCUAAAUAUGAUGACAAAAUCAAACAAUAUUUCGAAUCAAACAGGAUUGUGGUCAAGCCUUAUGAUCAAUUUUGGGAAUCAUUAUCUGGCUUUGUUACUGAGGCGACUAAUGACGCUACAACUUUCAUUGUCCCAGAUAACUCAUCCUGGCAAUUGAUUAGAGAAGUUUCAAAGAAAACUUACAAAAUGCUUCAUUCUCCAGUCGAUGUACUUAAAUCUGUAAAAAACGUGACUGAAAUAGCUAAUGCCCAUAGAGCACAAGUACUAGAUUCAGUAUGUUUAACUCAAUAUUUUGCCUGGUUAGAAGAUAGGUUGAUUCAACAUGAAGCAUUGAUAGAUGAAUAUACAGCAGCAGAAAAAUUAACUGAAAUUAGAAAGACCAAGAAGACUUUUAUUGGUAAUUCUUUCGACACAAUCUCUUCUACUGGUGCUAAUGCAGCUGUUAUUCAUUAUAAACCACCAAAGGAAAACUCUUCGAUGAUAAACCCACAAAAAAUUUACCUAUGUGAUUCUGGUUCCCAAUUUUUAGAAGGUACCACCGAUAUCACUAGAACCAUCCAUCUAGAUAAACCAACUGAAGAAGAGAUCAAAAACUAUACCUUAGUUUUGAAAGGUAAUUUGGCUUUGGAAAGAUUAAUAUUCCCAGAGGGAACUAACGGUUAUCAAAUAGAUGUUAUUGCCAGACAAUAUUUAUGGGAACAAGGUUUGGAUUACAGACAUGGUACUGGUCAUGGUAUUGGUGCUAUGUUGAAUGUUCAUGAGGGACCUAUUGGUAUUGGUACCAAACCAACCUCGAUUAAGUAUCCAUUACAAGCUGGUAAUAUCAUUAGUAAUGAGCCUGGUUAUUAUAAAGACGGUGAGUAUGGUAUUAGAAUUGAAAACGAUUUAUUAGUAGAAGUAGUAAAACCAGAGAUGAGAUUCGGAGAUAAAAAGUUUUUAUGUUUUGAAAAUAUUACACUAGUGCCAUAUUGUAGAAAACUAAUCGAUGUAAAGAUGUUAGAUAAAAGAGAAAGAGAACAGAUCAAUGAAUAUCAUAGGAAGAUUUUUGAUACAACCGUACAGUUCACCCAACCACAAAGUAUUUCAUUUAAAUGGUUGAAAAGAGAAACUGCACCAUUGUAA